AUAAUUUCUGGUUCCCACUUUCUAACACGCCGCGUCCGUCAGUGUAGUCAUCACUUUUCAGGCAAAGUGGAAAUGGCGACAGCUUCGGCCUCCUCAACGUCGACAACAGCAUCAAACAGUAGCAGCAGAGAAGGAUCAGCAAAAGCUAUGGUGGCCGAUCAAAUUUCUCAGACUGUUCAGUCCACCUCCAAUCUCCUACACCUCAUGCUUCAAUCGUCUCCUGCUCAGGCCCAACUAAUGAAGCUUCCAAAGAACCUUUUGGCCAAGACCUCUGCAAUUAGAAACACUGAGCUGGUAUUAGAGCAGAUGCCUCGAAUAAUUUCAUCAUUGGAUGCACACAUGGACGAUGGAUUACAAUGUGUUCCUCAUCUGAAAACUGUAAUCCAGCUACUUUCAAAUAUUGAAAGCUGCCAGCUUAAGUCUUUAUCAAAAGCUCAACUAUCAAAAGAGGCACCUCAACCGGCAGACCAUCCUUCGGAGACGGGCUAGUUACCCUUGGAACAAUCACGCCGAGAAGCCUAAACAGCAUUCUAGGGCUCUAUGUUUAGCCAGAGCAUAGAGCCCUUUAUAUUCCUAGCUCAGAUGGAAAAGAAGGAUCUAAAUUUCGGGUUGUUACUAGUUCAAAUCAGUGAAAAUAUAUACGGUUUGAGUGUAAAAGUAGAUAGAAUUCGGGUUUUUUCGAGCAUGUCCCGAGUAAUAAUUGUCUAGUUGGUUUACUUGAAGGUGGAGAUUAGCUGCUAUGAUGUAAUGUGAGAAGUGGUCUAAUUUAGAUGUUUACAGAAUCCGCUGAUCUAAGGGUCUAUAAUCAUUUGAUAUGUAAUUUGAAAUCUCUAGUAUUUAAUGUAACAUUAUUAUAAUGGAACAAAUUUGAAUUUCAAAUG